ACACAAACAAGUGAAAGUGGGUCAGAGCGUCAGUAUCUGAAGCUGAAGGCAGGCUGCAGGAGAGAAGACGAGUGUCCGUCCGGUUUGUUCUGAAGAUGGAGCGUUUGUUUCUGCUUUGCUCUGGUCUGCUUGUGACGACAGUGACGUCCCAACACAAUGUAUGUUCCCGACCUGAACUGCACAAUAACAUCGAAACGGCUGGGUUUCAGCGGUUCUUCAGCCCCGGUGUGGAGUUGGCUCUGUCCUGUAAACAGGGAUAUACUCCUGUGUUGGGCCCACGCAAGAUCGUUUGCACCAUCAAUGGACAGUGGACAAGCACCAAAUUAAAAUGCAUACCAAAACAAUGUCCAUAUCCUGACUUAAUCACUAAUGGUGAAUUAUCUUAUGAGGAGACACAUUACCAGAGUUUGAUCAACUACACCUGCCACGAAGGGUACAUAAUGACUGGAUCCAGCUCAGCAGUGUGCCAAGCCAAUGGAACGUGGAGUUCACCCGCACCAGAGUGCAUUCCUGUAUCCUGUGGUCUCGCUCCAGUCCCCCUGUAUGGAAUGGUCAUUUAUAAUAAGGUGGUCAGAGGAAGCACAACCGAUUACGGCCUCACAGCGCAAUACAUUUGUAAUCCCCCGUAUGCGCUUUUCGGCAACCCGGUUGCAGAGUGCACUGCCGCUGGUACCUGGACCGAGGCACCCGAGUGUCAAGUGGUUACCUGCCCUCCACCAGAGAACAUUGAGAGAGGCUAUAUGUCAAACAAUGAGAACAGGGAGUUUUUCUUCAAGGAAACAGUCAAAUAUGACUGCGAGAGCCCAUAUGUACUGGAAGGUAGUCUGGAGGCUGUUUGCCUGGAGACUGGAAAGUGGUCUGAAAAGCCAUCUUGCAAAGCUCCUUGCUCUGUUAACAUACAAAAAGGAAGAAUAUUAUACAAAGGAAAGAAAGUCUGGAUCGAAGACUUCCAGCCUAACCGUGUCUACCACCAAGAAGUCGUCUCGGUCUACUGCAUGAACAAAGCCAUGAACUGUGGAUACGCUGUGUCAACCCAGUGCAUCGAUGGGAUACUAAAAAUUCCUGCCUGCUUCGAAGAACCCGGUGGGGUUGAGUAUACCUUGAAGCCAAACUCUCUUCCAUCAGAGAUCGACCAAUGCUGAAGCGAUAGAUCUCUUCUCUCCUUGGGCUGCAGCAGCAUUUUAUAAAUUUCAAUAAAAGAACAUGAUUUUAA